UACCUCUGUAUUUUAAAUGUAAACGUUACUCUUUAAACUCUUCGUGCGUGGUGUUUUCGUGUUUGAGGUUCAUAAAGUUUUAUUUUGAUGAUGACGUCCUCCUGAUGGACAAAGGUCUGUCCACUCCCUGUCGGUCCCACUGAAGCUCCUCCUGGUUCACAGCCGUCUCCAGACACAAAGACUUUCCCUUCAGCCGUUCUCUCUUCUCUCUCUGACUCUCUGUCACUGACUUCUCUGAUGUUUCAGGACUCCAGUUUGUAUUUCAGACGUGCUGAUUUUAAUCACAACUUUAAAAUCUGGAGCUUUAUUUCUUUUCAGAGUCCAACAGGAAACAUUUGGUGUCAUCCAGUGAAAUUCUCUUCUUGUGUUUCUCUGCCAGAGUCACACUGAGAACUUCUCUGAAGCAUUUUCACUCGUGGACGUGACCUUGUUGCUUGAAUUCUGCCGAAGAUGAUGAAGCACUCGGAGGAGAACGUGUCCACCCAGACAGAUUACCCAGACUUCAACAUGAGCACCACCCUGGACUACGACUACGACUACCCGCUGGUUCCCCCGUGUUCCCACCAGAACAACCAGAGCAUCGAGCUGGUGGUGGGCCCCUACAUCCACUCCAUCAUCUGCCUGCUGGGGCUGGUGGGCAACAGCCUGGUGAUCGUCACCUACGCCUUCUACAAGAGGACCAAGUCCAUGACGGACGUGUUCCUGCUGAACGUGGCCGUGGCCGACCUGCUGUUCGUGGCCUCGCUGCCGCUCAUCGUCUACAACGAGCUGUCGUCGUGGUCGAUGGGGCCGGUGGCGUGCAAGCUGCUGCGUGGCUCCUACAGCGUGAACCUGUACAGCGGCACGCUGCUGCUGGCCUGCAUCAGCACCGACCGCUACGUCGCCAUCGUGCAGGCCCGCCGCAGCUUCAAGCUGCGCUCGCUGCCGUACAGCCGCGUCAUCUGCGGCGGCGUCUGGGCGGCGGCGCUGCUGCUGUCCGUCCCCACCUUCUACUUCUACGACCGCUACGAGCCGUCCCACAUGGACCACUUCCUGGACGACGAGGUCGCCCCGAGCGCGCCGCAGUUCGUCUGCGAGUUCAGGUUCGUGGACAACGCCACGGCCAUGGUGACCAAGAUGGCGGUGCCCAGCACCCAGCUGGCCGUGGGCUUCUUCCUGCCGCUGCUCGUCAUGGUGUUCUGCUACGCCGCCGUCAUCGCCACGCUGCUGAAGGCCAGGAACUUCCAGCGCCACAAGGCGGUGCGGGUGGUGCUGGCGGUGGUGGCGGUGUUCAUCGUGUGCCACCUGCCCUACAACGUGGCGCUGCUGAUGGACACCGCCACCAUGUUCCAGCUGCAGAGCUGCGAGCAGGCGGACGCGCUGCAGGCCGCCAAGACGGUGGCGCAGACGGUGGCGUACCUGCACUGCUGCCUGAACCCGGUGCUGUACGCCUUCGUGGGCGUGAAGUUCAGGAACCACUUCCGGAGGAUCGUCCAGGACCUGUGGUGUCUGGGGAAGAGGUACAUCGCCCCGCGCCGCUUCUCCAGAGCCACCUCCGAGGUCUACGUGUCCGCCCGCCGCUCCGUGGACGGGUCCAGUGAGAACGGUUCCUCCUUCACCAUGUGAGGACCCCGAACAACACGGGGACCGCUGGAGCCGCCGGACGGCCGAACCGGACUCGAGUCUUUUUGACCAGUCUUUAACCUUUUAUCAGGUGAAGAACUAUAUUUGGUAACUUCAGGUGAUAUUACGGGAAAAAAGUUGCAAAUUUACUAGAAAAAAAGUUACAGAUUUAAGAGAUUUAAAGUGGCAAAUCUGCGCGAAAAAAGUCGCAGAUUUACGAGAAAAAAGUGGGAAAAAGCAACUUUUUCCUCCCAGAUUCACCACUUUAACCCUUAAUAGGACACUCAUUGAAAUACUUGCAAAUUCCAAAUUUCAACCCUAGAGAAUAUUGGACGAUAUUACAUACAGCCAGAAUGUGUAAAAAAAAAAAACCUACGAAAAUAAU